UGAUAAAUAAAGCUUGAUAAAUUUUUAUCUGCAUUCUGCAAGAUAGUGACGAUACAUUUAACAUCAAGAAACAGUUCAUUCGCACGAGUUGCACUUAUCGCAUCCCAAAAAAAAUUAUGGAGCACGUUGCAAUAUCUUGGGGAAAAACCUUCGAUGGUACAAUAGAGUUUGUUUCUUUAACAAAAUCCCGUUUAAAAGAAGCCCUGGAAGUACUGAAAACCAGCUUCUACCCCCAGGAAAACGUUUGCAAAGCCACCGGUUUGGCUUUUAUGUCCAACGCGAUGGAAGAGUGCAAAGAUAUGGUCAUGGGUGCAGCUAAGUGUGGAGUUUCCAUUAUAGCUAUCGAUAAAAUCACCCAAAAGGUUGUUGGAGUACUUUUAAACAAAAUACAACACAAAGACACUUCGUCCAAAAAACUGUUUGAGAAACACAUUAAAAACACCAAAUAUGACCAAGUGAAGGGACUCUACGAGUUUUUAUUGGAGAUGGAGGAAAAGGUGAAUCCAUUCAGUCCUUAUCAAGCGGAUUGUUUAUUGGAGAUGGUGUUUUUGGGCGUACCAAGUGAAUAUGCUAGAAGGGGCAUUGGGUUUGGGCUGUGUAAAGCUUCUAUAGAUCUGGCAAAGUGUCUUUAUAAGGGUGAAAAUGUGAAAACGUCCCUAACAGACACCCCGUUACCUUUACAGCCCGUACCACAAAUCGUAACGGUAUUUUUCACUACUUACAAAUCUCAAGGCAUCGGACGAAAGCUUAACAUGGAUAUUCUGGAAAAAGUAAGUUGUGACGAGCUAUUUUUCCGAGGAAAGUCGUACGCCAGCAUAUUAGGCAACGAAACCGAAUAUUUCACUAUAGAAUGUCAAUCGUUAAAGGUAUAAAUAAAAAACAUAAAAAGAAAAACAAAAUGUAUAUAUAUAUAAGGUAAUAUAUAAUAAAAAUAAAA